AUGGCCAGUCUAAACGAACAGAAACCUGACUCAAGCCCCUCUACUCUUAAUGGAGGGGAGGAACUAGUUGAAUCCCAUGAUAUUGAGAAACAGCCAUCUCAACCUGCAGCCACAGACUCUCUUUCGAAAACACUCACUCAAACUAUAGCGCCAGACCUCGAGCAGAAUGUCUCCCGAACUGCUACAGCCCCAACGAUCCAAGGACCAAAAUUCCCCGAAACUGAUCUGGAUCAGGGUUUAGUCGGAUGGGAUGGUCAAGAUGACCCCGAAAACCCUCAAAAUUUUGCCCCCAGCAAGAAGUGGGCCCUUCUUGCCUUGAUCAGCGCCUUCACGUUUCUUUCACCUCUGGCAUCCAGCAUGUUUUCACCUGCAGUUGUAUUUAUGGCCGAGGAGUUUCAUCAGACCAAUGAGACUAUUCUCGCCUUCACUGUUAGCAUUUAUCUGGUUGGAUACGUGUUCGGUCCUCUGAUCCUCGCCCCCCUGAGCGAGAUUUACGGCAGACGAGUGGUUCUCAGCGGUGCCAAUUGGUUCUUCGUUGUCUGGCAAAUCGGAUGUGCACUCGCCAAAAACAUUGAAACGCUCAUCGUGUGUCGACUAUUUGCCGGUAUUGGCGGAUCUGCAUGUAUCACACUCGGAGCUGGUGUUGUUGCAGACCUCUUCCCGACAGAAUUGCGCGGAAUGGCAACCUCCAUUUGGAGUAUGGGGCCACUGAUUGGACCUGUAGUAGGCCCAAUUGCUGGAGGAUUCCUGGGCGAAGAGGUUAGCUGGCAAUGGAUCUUCUGGUUGCUGCUCAUUGCAGGUGGUGCUAUGCAGAUCGGUAUCGAGCUGCUUAAUAAAGAGACAUACGCCCCUGUUUUGAUCAAAUGGAAAACCGCAAAGCUGGCAAAGGAACUAGGUCGUGCGGACUUGAAAAGUGCCUAUGAUCUUGGUAGUGAGCCGCUCUCGAACAGUCAGCUUCUGAGGCGUAGUCUGAUUCGACCGGCUCUGCUUCUUUUCAAAUCGCCCAUUGUGCUACUUCUUUCAAUCUAUAUGUCGCUUGUCUACGGUCUACUCUACCUAUUUUUCACGACCAUCUCCGAUGUCUUCACGAGUACAUAUGGCUUUAGUGUCGGACUAUCUGGUCUCGCAUACCUAGGCAUUGGCAUCGGAUUCUUUGGAGGUCUUGUCUUCAUCGCCUUGACGAAUGACCGCAUCGUUCAAAAGCUCACUGCUCAGAACAAGGGCAAGUUUGAGCCAGAAAUGCGCCUUCCGACGAUGAUAAUUUUUGCCUGCAUCUUGCCUAUUAGCUUUUUCUGGUAUGGGUGGACCGCCGACAAACAUGUUCACUGGAUCGUGCCUAUCAUUGGCAUGUUUCCCUUUGGUGUCGGCAUGAUGGGUGUCUUCAUGCCCAUCCAGACAUACAUCAUUGACUGCUACCCGGCAUAUGCAGCCUCGGCCAACGCAACCUUAACGGCAACCAGAUCGCUUGUCGGUGCCUUCCUCCCACUCGCUGGCCCAGCCAUGUUCGACAGCCUUGGCCUUGGCUGGGGAAACUCGCUGCUUGGAUUCCUCGCACUUGCUUUUGUUCCGAUUCCCAUCAUUUUCACCAAAUAUGGCAAACAAAUUCGAGAGAAGUGGCCUGUUAAUCUCUAG